CUGCGCCGCUCGUCCCUCUCUCUCAUCCACGCUCGUACAAGGUGCCCACGUGCUACAGCGCAACGCACACAGGGCGUAUAUCAGAGCGCACAGACACCGCCCACGCAGCGGCGACGCCAUCCAGCUCGUCGAGUGGCGCAGGGUAUAGGCGGUCGCCACGGGGAUGUCCGGCGCCACACAUCCCCACAGCGCCGUCGAUGCACAUCUCUCGCACGUCCGUGCCCAUGUAUCCCGUCCACACAAUAAACAUGGCCAUCUGCACCAUCUGCACACUAACACCAUGCACAGCACCGCAACGCAGAAACCAGCGACCUCGGUCCGCACGGACAACAAGCCUCGUAUGCCCUCCGCCUCAAAGAGAUCAAGCAGGGCCCUUCCCGCAGGACAGACGAUCCCUCCGCCCGGUGACUUCACGCCCAAAGUGUGGGACGAGCGGUGGGACGUCUAUUUCCACGCCUUUUUACUGCACGAGACGAAACAUUCCGACUGCUAUUACUACAACGGCCAAUGGUGGUUCCCUGAGAACAGACGCAACGAAAAGACUCUGCACAUGUUUGUAGCUGCAAGAUGGGCACCGCUAGACAACCUAAAGUACUACAACCUGCACCUCGUAUGUCCACCACAACCAUGUCCACCGCUCAUCCCUCUAGCCCAACGGCAAGAUCAUGGAAAAUCUCAUGUUGUAAGUGUAUCUGGUUGUAAAACGCAGCCGCUACGUCGGUCACAACAAUCCCCAAGAGGAAUGGCUACACGACUAUGUUGGCUGUGAGUACGCCACAGCGUCUGGCGAUGGUAGCUCAUAACGGCUAGACAAUUUGAAUUUGGUGACGAUCGAUAUGCAAGUAACGUCCGGGGAGUUGAGCCAGUGAAUAUGCACAUUUUAUAU